UCUGGAUCUUACGAUUUCCCUCCCGUCGAAACAAUCCUAAAAAAGGGGAACCCUAUUAACUUAGCUUCCCCCCCAAUUUCUGGGAUCCCCGGCCAUCGCACCAGGGUCGAAACAAUAUCGGUUUAUGCUAAGGAGGAACCAUAACCACUCACAGCCCGCCUCCCAAAUAGGAUCAUCGUAGAAAAGAGAAGAGGGCAAGCAUGGACUCCGAAUUAUACUACGAGGCGGACGGCGACCGUGGGAGGACGCACGAGCAUCGCGAACCAAUUACCAUGACUUUCGAACCCAAUGAAUAUUCUCCUACCUCUUCCCCAUCACGACAACCCAGUCGUCUUCAAGCGCUUGCCGAGUGCAACAACGCCUUGCACUCGAACCUGCAGCAACAGCAGGAGCACAACCAUCAGCACCACCGGCAACAGUCGGUUCCGGAUCUGUACGCCGAAGCUAGAACACCAUCACCCGCAAGCCGAGCGAGGCACCACUCCCAAGACAUGCCGCUCACCGGCGACGGGCGCGUCAGCCGCCGCCAGGACAACUCGCCCGGACGUUUCGGGGGCUGGCUGAACACGCCAUCAGCAGGCGACAGCAGCGGCCACGCCUCCCCCGUCACAACCCCAACACCAAAGACCACGACACCGUCUCGCCUAGGCUUCUUCGCGUCGCUCACAGGCCGUCUGACAACACAAACCCCCAGCACCCCCAACACACCCACCACGCCCAACAUCACAAUAACAACCCCCUCCUCCGCGCCCAACGGCCGCGAAACCAGCGACGAGCUGCUAAACCUCGACGUCGAAACAGCGCUAUACCCGUCCCCCAGCGAACGCACCACCUUCUCCCCGGCCGCGUACAAAAACCUACAGCAAAACGCCUCGGGGCUUCUCCACCGAAUGCAAGACGCGUACCGGACGCGAACAAUCUCGUACAAAGAGCUCGUCGCGGAGCGGGAAGCGCAGCGCGAAGAAGCGGAGGAGACGGAGUUGAGAGUGCGGAGUCUGCGGGCGCAGUUGGAGAGUAUGGCGGCGAAGGCGCAGGAGCAGGAGAUGGCGAUGCGGAGGUUGGUGGCGGAGUUGCGGUUUGAGAGGAGUGCGAGGGAGGGGGAGAGGGAGGAGGAGAGGAGGGAGAGGGGGAGGUUGGAGAGGGAGAUUGUGGGGUUGAUUGGUAGUAGAGAUAAGAAUGGAGAAGGGGAUGGGGAGGGAGAGGGGGGGUUGUGUAUUACGGAGGAUUUGUGUGUGGAUGAGGAGAGGGAGCGGAAGAGGUGGCGGAAGAGCGAUGGCACGGUGCGGUCGGAUCUUAGUAUUGAUACGGAUGAUGUCGAGAGCGCGGAGUCGGAGAGUAUUUUCAGUCGGAGCCGUAGCCCGACUGCUAUGACGAGCGCGACGGAGAGUGAGGUUAAUGCGGAGUUGUUGAGUGUUAGGACCCCGCCGACUGGGCAAGGGCAAGGUCAGAAGAAGGGUGUGCCGCCGCAGCAGCUUACUACGUUUCAGAGAUUGGUGAAGGGGAUUUCUGGGGAUGGGACGGGAGGGAAUGCUGCUGCGGGAGGAGGAGUGGAUGAGUGUAGGAAUUGCAGAGGGCAGGAUUCGAGUGUUGCGUGGGAUACGGUGAGUCUCCUGCGCGACGAGAAUAGGGGGUUGAAGCACCGUGUUGCUGAGCUGGAGGUUGUUGUCGAUGGAGCGUUGGAUGUGGUGAAUGGGAUUGGAUUGCCGUGAGAGAUGGAUUUAAGUGCCUUCUAGGUACGCAUUUCUUUACGGGAUAGGUUUAGAUAUCAGGCAGAAUGGCCGGUUUUUGG